AUGACUACAUCUGAACCAGAUGAAAGUUUUGGAAGUUCUGAUGAUGGCUAUUCGCGCAAAAGAACUUUCGAAGUCGACUCAGGGCAGUCUGCGGAACAGUACAUGUCCCAGUUGUUAGCUCAAAAGAGACGUAAAAUUAAUGAUGAUGAGGAUACAGGCGAUGAGCACGAAGACGAAGACGAGUCCUAUCGCCGUAAUAAAGCAGGCUAUAUCAAAAAAAUCAUAUUAAAGAAUUUUAUGUGUCACGAUCACUUCGAGCUCGAUUUUGGCCCGCAGAUGAAUUUCAUUAUUGGAAGAAAUGGCUCAGGAAAGAGUGCAAUUAUCACCGGGAUCUCCGUUGGCCUCGGAGCUAAAGCGACCGAUACAAAUCGUGGAUCAUCGAUCAAGAGUUUAAUCAAGGACGGAAAGAAUACUGCGCGAAUCAUCGUGGAGAUUGAUAAUGACGGCUUCGACUCCUUCGAGAGAAGCGUAUACGGCUCCAAAAUUAUUGUUGAACGCAAGCUUUUACGUGAAGGUUCUAACAACUACUAUAUCAAAAACGAGAGUGGAGCUAUCGUGUCUACAAAAAAGAAAACAUUGGAUGAGAUACUUCAGAAGUUCUUCAUCGUGGUGAACAACCCUCUUUCGUUUCUCUCUCAAGAUAAAGCUCGUGAAUUUAUAGCAAGCAGCACAGAACUGUCGAGGUUUACUCAUUUCAGCGAAGGCACAAACAUACAAUCAAUUCUACUGAAUUAUCAAGAUGCAUCUAGAAAUAUAAUGGCUUUGCAGCAAAGGCUGAAGUCUGCUAGAGAAUAUUUUGAAGAGGCAUGUCAAAAGUAUAAAGAAUGUGAGCGGACUUAUCAAAAGUAUAGGCAUUCACAUAACCUUAGGGAACAGUCAGAACGUAUAAAUGGGAAAAUGUACUGGUAUAAUGUCGGCGUGAUGGAGAGAAGGCUACGAAAGAAACAGGAGGAUAUUGAUAGAAAGUUUGAAACCAUUCAACUGCUCCAUACUUCCAGAAAUGCCCUCGAGACGUCAUUAUCGACUCAAGAGGAGAAGCUCACCCAUUUGAAUAAGGAGCAUGGCGCCAUUCGUGAAAAGCUUGAGUUGAGGUCGGUCGAACUACAGCAAGCCGAAGAGAACGCGAGUGCAGCAACAAGACACACUCAACAGCUUCGAAAUGAUCUUACAAAUUACAAAACGGAGGUUGAUGAUUUCACGAAACAGAUAGAGGAAUAUUCAAAGCAAAUCGAGGUAGAGCAAAAGAAGAUUGAUGAAAUCAACGGCGGUUCCAAAGAUCAGAUGAAAGAGAGACUCACAAUGUUGAAAGCUAGAGAGCAAACCCUCACUAGUCAAAGAGACGAGCUUCAUAAGGCUUUGACUGAGCUUGAAGAUGAAACCCCCGAGCUAUUGGAGCUCAACAGAAAAUUGAAUGUAGUAAAAAGCCAAAAGCUAAGCUUACAAGAUAAAAUAAGGAGUAUACAACGAACAAAGAACGACAAAUUCGCUGCAUUUGGCCCCUCUAUUCAAAAUCUCCUAAGAGCAAUCGAAAAUGAAGUUAGCUGGCACAAGAAGCCUAUUGGUCCCGUUGGAUGUUUCGUGAGCGUGAAAAAAAGUUACAGUCGAUGGUCUGACUUAAUCAAUGCCUUUUUGCAAAAAACAUUGGAUUCAUUCAUCGUCUGUGAUGAGCACGAUAGAAGGCUCUUGACUGAACUCAUGAGGUCAAGACGGAUUUUCAAGAGCAUAAUCGUGAGAAAAUUUGAGAGCUUCGCUUAUAACACCACUAAGGUUCCGAAUUCAGUGAGCGUACUUGACGCUCUUGAAAUUCAUGUGAAUGAUGUGCUUUAUACCCUCAUUGACUCGAGUAACAUUGAAGAAACUGUUAUUUGUGACGCUAUAUCAUCUGCUGAACAACUUACUAGGAUAGCAGAAGUUCGCAGUGCAUUCUGCCUCAAUGACAAGAAAUCUGGCAUCAGAAUAGCAAGAGGAAGAAAUGGGGCGAUCCUAAGAGACCCUGUUUUCUAUUCAAAUGACCUACCCAAGCUUGCAGGAAAGUCAUCGAGUGAUGAUAACUUCCGAAGGGAGCUUGAAGAAUUACUAAAGGAGGAGAGCAGCAUUCAGUUGAAAAGGAACAAUGCAAGGGAGGCAUUAAGUAAACGCAAGAUAGAGUUGCAACGCAGCUACAACGAAAAAAGACAGCAUCUUAAGGAUAUCCAAAACCAAAUCUUCUCGACAGAGAGACUUGUACAGGAGGAGGGUGAUUACGGGAGAAUACAGAGUCUUGAAGCCCAAAUUGACAAGUUAAGAAACCAAAUCAAGACCCGUGAGGGUAUGUUUGUUGAAGUGGCAGAGAAUGGAAAGGAAGCGAAGCGCAACGAAAAAGCCAAGAAGGCUAUUGUCGAAACUGCCCGUAAUCUGCGUAAAGAGAUUGAGGAUCAACUACUUUCCAUCAAAAUGCAACUAGCUUCCGUGAAGGAAGAAAUCGACAACAUUAAGGCUGAUAUAGAAGCUAGCCGAGUCAAGUGUGAAGAGCUUCAGAGUGAAAUUAAAGCUUGCGAGGACAAAAAAGCACAGGAUGAGCUGAAAUUGGCUGAUCUAUUAGAACAAGCGCAAAGUCGUUGCACAAGAGAGGUGGCAAAUAUCCUUCCUAAAGAUACAACAGAAUCUAUCACGACAGAGUACAUGAACAUCCAGCAAGCAAUCGAGGAAUCUGAAAAGAGUAAUAGGAAGUCCUUCGAGGAAAUCCUGGAUGAGCUUCUCGAGGCCAGAGCAAAUAAAGCUAAGUGUGAGAACAAUCUCACAGAAUUGGAAAAUGCCAGAAUUACCCUCGAGAAUGAUCUUAACUCGAGGUUUGAGAAUCUCAAUAUCACAAUCAAAGAGAAACUCACUAGGGCAAAGCUGUCUUUCGAACAUUGUCUUGCUCUUCGAGGGUUUAAAGGAAGACUCGAAUUUGACUUUGCAAACAAAAAAGUUCUUACAGAGGUUCAAACAAAAGAUGACAAGGAAACGCGAACGGUAUCUUCACUUUCAGGUGGUGAAAAAUCUUUUACUCAGAUUGCUUUCUUGCUCAGUAUCUGGAAAGUUAUGAAGCCCCGAGUAUGCGGAUUGGAUGAGUUCGACGUAUUCAUGGAUUCGGUCAACCGUACAAUCGCAAUUAGGCUCUUGAUACACGAGCUUCGUUCGUCGAACGCGCAAUCCAUUUUCAUCACACCUCAAGACAUUACAGCUGUUGGUGAUCUCAGAGAGAGUGAAGAUGUCAAGAUUCACCAGAUCAAACCACCGAGACAAGAGUAA